CCGAUGGCAACUCCACAACACAGGCAAGGAGCUCUUACCCUUCCACCUGCCAGUCAGGCCAGCCGGGCAAGGGCUGUUAGGAGAGAGCUUGGAAGCCAAACACUGCAGGUGACUCAGGUGCCUGAGAAGUUUCAGAAGAGCGCAGCCAUCCCAGAACUGACUCUGGAGCCCUUAACCCUCUAAGCAGCUACGAAUCCACGCAUCCCCGGGCUAUUUGAUUCACCUGUCCCCCGAAAACAGGUCCAUGGCUGGCAGGCCUGUGCCCCCCGGACGCCAGGAGGAGGAGGCUUCCAAAGACCACGGGCUGAAACUAUCACCAGCGCGGCCUCCAGGCCGCCUGCCCAGCAUCGAUGAGACCCGACCAGCUGGCCCGGGCCCGGCCUCCCGCGGCGGCUCCGUGCUAGGUCCGGCCUUGUCCUUUUCACGCCGGAACUCGCUGGCCGGGCCAGGCGCGGGUCCUGGGGGGCGGCGCCCAUCCCUGGGCCCCAUGCCGCCUCUCGGCUCGCGGGUCAGCUUCUCGGGCUUGCUCCCGGCGCCCGCCCGCCGGCCGGCGCCCUCGUACCGCACGGAGCCGGCGCCGGGGGAGCGCUGGGAGGCCGCGCGCGCCCAGCAGGCGCUGGAGGCGGCGUUGGCGGCGGGGGUACGCGACGCCCGCUACUCAGGCGCCGAGGCCGGGCGGCUGGCGCGGGAGGUGUGCGAGCUGGUGCGCGUGCGCCUGCGCGAACUCAGCCCGCCGCGCUACAAGCUGGUGUGCAACGUAGUGCUGGGGCCGCGCGCCGGCCAGGGCGUGCGCGUGGCCAGCCGCGCGCUCUGGGACGCGGCGCGCGACGGGCUGGUGUCGGCCGCCGUCACCAACGCCUCGCUCUUCGUCGUGGCCACGGUCCACGGGCUCUACUGCGAGUGAGGACGCCCCCGAGUUUUGCAAAAACGGUUUAUUAUACCAGGAGGAGGCCCUCCCUGGGGCUCGC